CAUAAUUGCCUGUGAAAGUUCGUGCGUCCUGGCACGGGACCAUGCCCACGUUUCCAGGUACAGCCAUCUUCGGAACUGCCAUGUACGUAGGAAGAUAACAAACUCGCUCUCUCUAUCCUCCUCUCCAAUGCCGUUCCUGGCCUUUGAGGAUGUGAUCGACAACAUUGUAGAUGAGCUCUUCCUCGACAAAGUGGACGACGACGGGGUUUGGGAUGACACGAGGCUGCCUAAGAACUUCCUCGCACUCGCGCUUGUGUGCCGCGCAUUCGUGAAUCCUGUCCGACGCAAUCUGUACCGUGAUUUACACGUCGAAGGAGUCGAACGGUUCCUGCUGCUCACCGGCCAACUGCGCUUCUGCCCGCACCUCGCCAAGUUCGUGAGAAGCGCCGACCUCUACUCAACUUGCAGCCAAACAAGGUUGCUCGACGGGUAUCAGACGCACUUCAGUGUCACCGCUGCGUGGGAGCCCCGGUCACUGAGCGCUACAGCGUUUCGCUGGUUUCUCGAGGCAUGCCCACAACUCACAAUUGUCAGACUGUAUGGCGGUGACAUGGUCUGGGCGCUGUCUGUGCAGUCACCCCCGACGGUGAAGCUCACGGAAGUCCAUCUGACCGGGUGCAGACAAUGCGAAAACUGCAUGGGUAGUUUGCAGCGCGGAUGGCUGAAGAACAUCGUUGCGUUCCCAUGUCUGAAGGAAUUGGACAUCUCCGAGCUGUCCAUCGGCGGAGAAGGCGCAGAAGACAUCGCAUUCGCUCUUCCCGCCCGGUCGUCUCUAUGCACCGGCCUAUCGAUCUCGAAUAUCAACAAGCCUGUCGUUUGCGAUGGUCUCUCGGCACUCUUCCGUAGCAUGUCCGGCUUGAGGGAGCUAGUUCUUGAUGGCUUGGCUCCCAUGCGCCGAGGCCAGCUAAAGAAGUGCUUGGAUCUGCUCGCGAACACUCUCGAGCUUCUUACCAUCACCGACUACCAUUCACAAGAGGGCCGGCCUCGGCAUUGGGAGGAUUCUACGAUCGCUAGUCUCCAUCGGCUCAAGAUACUCAGUCUGAACGGUGUUCCGGUUACGCCGUCCAUUCUCGACAAGCUUCCGUCCCGCAUCGAACAUCUUCGAGUCUCAAGACUCUCGGUGAUUGCACUUCCAGUCCCGGUCGUCGGCGCGUGGCUGAGACGUGACCAUUUCCCAUUGAAAGAUGUGCUCAAGAAACUCGAAAUGAUUGGCGAACUGCGAGCGAAUAGUGCCGCUCGAGGUCGGCCGGCUGCCCCAGGCCAAGUCGACGAACUCGCCCAUCUCUGCGAUCGCAUGGGAAUCGAAUGGAUACAUCGGCGAGAACGUCACUGUUGAUAAAUAACUGCGUGUUGUAUGUAGUUACCUGUACACUUCUUGUUGUUGUGUUGGACUUCUCUUCUUCUACGUGAACUUCCCCUCCUUCCAGCGACGUACGUGCGAUCCCAUCUCGACUGCGGCUAGGCCCCAAUCUUCGCCGUGAUUGUGACUGCCGGGGGCAAGACCCGCGCGCUGAAGCGCUUGCUCGUCCGUCAGCGCCGUGAGCACACCAAAGAUGACUGGCACGCCGGUGUCUAGCUGGACUUUCAUCAGCGCGUGCGAGACCGCGUCGCAGAUGUAUUCGAAGUGCAUCGUCGAGCCUUCAUGUUCGUAAGCACGGUCGUCAGGCAUGAAUUCUAGAGCUGCGCUAGGUCGCAUACCUUUGAUGAGCACCCCAAUGGCAAUCACGGCGUCAAACGGCUCGUUGGGCAUGGUCACGACACCGGCUGGUGCAGGUGUGCCGCUGCGCGACAACUGGGGGCUUCCCAUCGAAAGUCCGCUCAGCAGAUCCGUCACAUUCGACGCGGCUUGGACGUGCGAUCCAGCGAUUACACUGCAGGGUCGGUAUGAAAGAGCUGGGCGACAAACGAGCGAUCGUAUACAGACCGGGAGCAAGCUAACGGAAGUUCGAAGCUUCCGGGGACGGAUUGGAUGAUGAUGUUGCUCUCCUUCACACCGCUCUCCUUGAGCUUGGAGAUCGCGCCAGCGAGGAGGGCGUCGAUGACUGCCGUGUUCCAGCGUGCAUGGACGAUGCAGACGCGCAACGUAGAGCCGUCGUACUUCACUGGAGACGCGGUGAGGCCUUUGAUGGUGUGGCUCAUGAUGGUGAUAAGUAUGAGAUGCCUUUUCAGGCGGUGAAGCCAAAUCGUAGCCAAACAACCUGUUUGUGUUCCCUUACAUCCGACCACUUGGACAGACGACGUUUCGGACAUUCUUAAGAACGAUAUGCUUGCCCUCGUCAUCCAUUUCGGUAGUAGCAGCUGGUGUAUUGCAUUCAGUCUUCUGCGGGCCCAAUUUCGACGACAUCGAAGAGAUUUCGCAAAAGAUCGCCCACACUUUCGUUGGCAAUAUCGGUAGGAUCCAGCUCAAUCUGCUCCAGGUUCCCUCGGAAUGAUACUGUUGGCCCUUACUGAGAUUCAUGAUCGCUAUCAGGACAUGAAGGUCGGAAGGUGUAACGAGCCGAGGGCGACACACAAAUCAUCGUGUACAGUCACUCUGCUAUUCUAUUCGACUUGUGGAAGUGGCUCAGUGUCACCGAACUUCCUCUUUUGCCGCAUGCCAUUGCAGUUCUGUCGAGAUGCUCUUCGACAGACCGCUUCCUCUACGAAUUGCUGCGCUUUUUAGUUUUCGUGCAUCGUCCUCGUGCACAGCUUAGAGGUCACCCCGGUGGGCCUUAUCUUCAAUCCGUCACAACACGCGAGCGGAAAACCGAUGGAGGAGGCGUUGCUGCGGGAGCUUUCGAGAGGGGACGUCAGGAGAGAGCAGCACAUCGUGAUCGCACAAAUGAUAUCGUUCGCAUCCGGAAGUCUCCAUCGAGAAUGAGGGCGGACCUCAAAUCGGGAAUCCGCAGACAGCGAUCUACGCAGAAUCCUCGUGGAAAGUGCCUGGUAUCCCACGAUCUCGUUUGAAAUGAUUAGGCAGCAACUGCCAACAGUGGUAUCCUGGGUAUGCCCCAGGUCAGAGCUCGAGAAUUGGGCUUGUCAGGACUGUGCUGAGCUCUGCACUAAAUGCGGCGGAGAGGGCCACUCCAGCUUUGAUAGAUCCGGUGAACAAUCCAUGGGCAAAGCCAGCGGAUGCCGAGCAAUACAAGAUCGGAUCGUUUUUUUUUGCGCCUGCCUUAUUGGCAUCGUCCGCAAGAGAGAGCGCGAAUCCGCAUCUGCACACAGCCGGAGAGCUGGCCCUUGAUCCACCUGAUCGCUACGACGUCGAUCCUCAGCGGACAGGCUAUUGCAUGGCAUGUUCUGAAUAUGUUGUCUGGCUGGUGGUGCAACAAGAUUCGAGUUUAUCAUCACAUACGGCUUCUCGUAGCUGACGUAUAGAAAACUCUUCGCCGUAGUAGGCUGCGCUUGCUGUCCCUCUCAACUCGUCGUUGGGAGCGUCCGCGGGGUCGCUGUUUAUGGUUAUGUCCCCCACGCGUGACAAGAAAUCCUCCUUUCCGCAGGGAGCCCACGAGUGAAAGAGCAAAGUCGUAGCUUAUGAGACCGACUCAGGAGGAAUCCAUGCCUGUCCGAGUCAUUGGGAGUUCAUCAUCGCCCUCGUCCUCUUCAUAGUCCAACGAGUUGAAGAUUUAGACUCUGAGUCAAUUCGCGGGGUGUUUAAGAGUUCAUGGUUCCCCUCUUCGUCUUGAGCAGGAACCGAAAGCAGGAAAAUUGCAGUGGGCGGUGAUGGCAGGAAAAGAUCAGUGAUCUGAAGGCACCCGUCACAAUCCCGUAACUUGAAUCGGUCGCUCUCGUCCCACUACUCCUCAACCGCUGGCAAACGAUGCGACAGCACCGCCAAGAUUGGGAAACAACCUCCGAUGCUGUCAUCGAACACUUGUUUUCAAUCAGAAUCUGGCGCAAACGUCCUGAGCUCUCAUGAUGAUCCCCAGGUAGGACUCGGAGCGGCAUUUCUUCGGUCGCAGCGUCAGAUAGCACGGUUCCAUUCGCCUGCCCAGACACUCCGGAAAUCUCCUACGAAAAAAGAGAGCUGUUUACCGUCCUUGCUUCGGCGGGAACUGCUGGAGUUGAUGGCACGAUCGAGGGUAUAUCCUACGCACAAGACUUUGGUUGUUUCCAGUUUAGUCGGCCGCCCUCGGAUACCUGCACAAGACAUGGCUGAAACCGCCGUGAAGGGCAGAGGGCGGUCUAAUGGAUUGUAGCCCCGGUCUUUGCUUUCGGAUGAAGAUAGAUCGUCGUGUGGGCGAGCAAGGUGACCAGGUGGGAUCAUACCCACGUGUCCUUGGCUGUGACAUACAGCCCAAAAAGCAUUGUGUCGGAAACCAAAAGUGGAUCGUCCAGAGAAGCAUCCAUGGAACCACUAAGCGAGCUGUGAGGCUUUAGAUAAGAUCAGAUUACGCGCACCCCACCUUGGCCAUUGUUCGACGCAUUAGAUCCUCUUCCUUCAACUCAUAAACGAAAGACCGUGCUUUGAUAGCUCGACGACAUUGUAUUGAGGAAUCAUGUCCACCCCUGCGCAUCAGAACAUCGCUAGCGCCCCGGUGGCGCCUAUUGCGAACACAACAAAAACCGUCACUGCGCGUGCAGGAGCUGCCGCUCGCCGGCCGAGGAAGUCCAAGGCCACAGCAGCGACGUCGCAACCCCCUUCAGCUGGAUCUGUAAAAACACCCACCGCACACUCAUUUGCUAUUCCCAACCAACCCUCCCUUCCUUCGGGCCAAUUCACCUUCCGGAUUGAAACACCUCACAUCCCCAAACGCCGAGCUCGCGCCCCUGCAGCGCCAGCCCAAGCGGCCUCGGCUUCGAAAUCUGUCGCCCCCGCUGCCUCCUCCGCAAGUGUCACCCCGCAUCAGCCGAUCGAAAUUACGCCCGAGAUGGUGCGAAAGAUGUACUCGUUCCAAGCUCAGUAUGCGCAGUGGCAUCGCGCGACGCAGGUCCAGAUGCAGGAGCAGGCCGCGCGCGAGAAAGCAGAGCAGGAGCGCCGUCUGCGCGAGCACGAGGAAGCAGAGCGGCAGUGGGAACAGGACAAGAUCAAGGCUUGGCCACAGCUGGCGCCCGGCCAGCCUCGAGCCGUGACGCAGUUUGGCUCGUCGCUGAUCGGAUGGAACAGAACUCCGCCCGCCACGCCGUCGGCCACUCAAACUGGGACCAAUCAGCGGCAGAAGGCGGCUCAACAAACUCACCUCGUCGAGAUCCCGUCCGCUGUCACUCAACCAGUCACGCCCACACGUGCUGUGUUCGGAAACAUCAUCAACAGUCCGUCCCCUAGAAGUGCCGGAAGUCGCCGAGCAAAACCCACACCCAGUCCCCAGAAGCUCGUCGACGGGGGAGUUUGGGACCCGGCUCUGACUGACAUGAUGGAAGAUGUCUCCGCGAACCCGGAGGAAGACAUGCCCGAGUCUAUCUUGGGCCCGCAGGACGAGAACGACGACCACUCACAGUCGAGUCUGCCCAGAUUGAAUCUCCCGGUGGAAAACUACGACGGCACUUCCGGCUGGGACGCAGAUGCCCAGGCGAUGCCCAGAGCGUCGGCGGCAGUGCCUGGCCUGAGUUUGGACUGGGGCAUGUUCCCGGAGCUGACUGAAGCCGACAUCGAUUACUCCGCCCUACACUCUUUUAUCAAUUCCUAAUUGCACACCUGUCUUUUACCACUCACACAUACUCUCGUUUUGUAGCCCUGUUCAUGUAGCCUGUAGUCAGUAGGUCAGUAGCAUGUAGUCCUUAACAUCAGUUGCGAUACGAUCGCUUGAAAGAA